AUGGAUUGGGUAGCUGCUGUUUCCUCAUCUGACUGUAGAUUGAGAGCUGUUGAAAGUUUAAAAAGCAAGUUUUUAACACCUCUUAGUGAUAUGCUUCGAAAAGUGACAUAUACAAUCCAGCAGUUCAAUUCCGUCUCUCAACAGACAGAAAGAGUCAGUAUUGAGAGAUAUAAAGCAUUGAAGAAUAGGUUGACGGAGAUCAUUUUGCAUCUAAAUGUGCCCAAAAGCAAAAUUUCACCUUCUUACAAGGAGAAUCUGGGUUCAAUGGAGAGGCAAAUACUGCUUAUUCUUCACACAUAUGGAAGGGCAAAGCCUGUUCCCUCACUGCAGCAUGGACAACUUCCUUCUGAUGUGCACUCUACGCGUCAAAUGGUGCAACUUCAUUCUCAAACUCCUCAAAUUCGUACACAUCAAGACGAAAGGAAGCUACCAUUGCAGUCAGUGAACUUGCAGUGUUCUGCAACAGGCAAUGCGACAAACUUGGUGAACAGUUCUAGGUCUCCAGCAGAGCAUCCAACCCUGAAACAUAACAUGGUGCAUUUGAGAAAGAAUUUGACUGAGCAAUAUUCAGGACAAGCAAAUUCGUUGACUGCAGUGCAGCAGGUUGCCUCAGGAUCCUCAAAAAUCCCUUCAGGCAGUCCUCAAAAACCUAUGGUUCAGACCUCGUCACAAAUACCCAUACAUGAAACCCAGUCUAAUUUAAAUGCUCUUGAUUCUAGCUGUAGUACACUUAAAGAUAUGCACCUCAAAUUACCUAAAGAAGAGCCGGCUGUACAGACUCAAAACCCAAAGCAAGAACUUCGAAGGCACAUGAUCACGGAGCAACUGGUGCAACAACAGAAAAUAGUGCACCAGCAUCAUGAGCCGGUAAAGCUGCAGUCUGGAGCUUCAUUUCCUCCUGCUGUGCCCAAAAUUCUUGGUUCUUCCUGUCAAGAAAUUUCUCAGUACUCUUCUCAGAUUGACAAGAAAAAUCUGCUGAUACCCCUUACAAAAGCUAGAACGACUUUGUAUCCCGCAAACUCCCCCUCUAUUAAAAUUUCUUCUUUGGUUCCCUUGGCUGCAUCAUCUAGGACAGGAGAUUCUGAGAAACCUAUUUCUGAUACUUCAUCCCUUUCAAAUGCUGGGAGUACUGGAGAGCCACAAGUCAAUGUUGCACAAUCUCCAUCGCCCAUUGUCAUCAGCACUCCUGGGAUGUCUGCGUCACCCUUGCUUGAAGAGUACACUAAUGGCAUUCACCAUAACACUUCAACAAUAAUUUCUGAUGAGUUGACUGCUUCUGAGCAGCCUAUUCAGCGCUUAACUAAAGUGGUGAACUUGAUGUCAUCUAAAACACUAAGUGCUGCUGUUUUGGAUAUUGGUUCCAUACUGUGUACAACUGAUAGAAUAUUAGGACCAGAAACCGAUGGGAGAUCUAUAGGUUCGUUUGGUAAAGAUUUUGUGGAAGUGACCAAUUCUCAUUUGCUAAAGAGGUAUUUGACCUGGCAAGAUAACACCUUUCAAACAAGGAAACUUAAACGCUGCAGAACAGUGCCAAUGCAUGUUGUUGAUAGCUUACCGGAGUUUAGUGAUAAGGAGAAAUUUGACUUGGAUUCAACUGCAAUAUCUUACAUCAGAAGGCCUAGGAUUGAGGUGAAUCAAACCCUCUUAGAAGAAAUUACAGUAAUCAACCGCCAACUAAUAGACACAGUACUGGAUAUUAGUGAUGAAGACACCCCUCCAACAGUAGCCUCAGCCCCAAUUAAAGUUGGUGAAGGAACCAUCGUCAGGUGCUCCUUCAUUGCUGUGGCCAUCAGUCCAAGUCUGAAGUCAGAGCAGCUUCCAAUCCAGCCUUUACGAUUGCUUGUUCCUGCAAAUUAUCCGUUGUGCUCCCCCAUAUUUCUAGACAAGUUGAGAGUGGACAUCAGUGAUGAGCUAGAAGAUCUUUCAGCAAAGGUGAAGUCAAAACUCAAUAUAUCUCUCCGGAGCUUGACGGAACCUUUGUCCCUUGGGGAGAUAGCAAGGACAUGGGAUGUUUGCGCCCGAGCGGCUAUCUCUGAAUAUGCACAGCAGCUUGGGGGAGGAAGCUUCAGUUCUAAGUGUGGAAUGUGGGAAGACUGUCUUAGUGCUGCUUGA